UUUCCUUCGAGAAUUCCCUCAGACUUCUAUUCUAUUCUUCUAUUCUUCUCAUCUCGUCAUCCCUUUCUUCCUUCGACACGACUAUUCUCCACUAAGAAAUGAACAAUAACACUCAAACAUCCAACACACUUAAGCGGGCCUUCUCCCAUUCUUCUUCCACUUCCACCUCCACUUCCUCAUCAACCACCACCACAACCACCAAACCCUCCACUCGCAAAAACACCCGGUUUUCUCGCGCAAAGAGAUUCCUUCGCUCGCGCUCUACCUCCCCAUCCUCCAGCCUCGACAUCCCUCGAAGCACUCCCUCACACCCACACUCCACCAUGACUCCCGCAGCCAUGUCUCCCAGAUCCUCCCUCGACAGCAUGGACCACCCCCACACCAAGCAGUCCGCCCCCGCCCGCGACGAUUACCGUCGCUACAGCGGAACUGUGAACCACUACGGCCGGCACUCGAACGACUGGCUGUUCGGGGGCUUCAGUCUACGGGAUACGGUCCGGGGUGGUGUCGAUCGGUUAAGACAUCACCACCACAAUCAUCACAGUGCCAAGGGCUGAAUUUGACGGUGUUUGGUGAUUGAGAUUAUAUAUACCUACCUACCUACCUACCUAUCUACCUUUUGGGACUCGAUCUUCCAUUUGGUGUUGGUCUAUCUGUCUAUCUACACUGGGACCAGACAUUACGAAGAUGCGGAGGUUCUCACUC